CUUUGAUUACUUACUGCUUCUCUCUCUCUCUGUUCGAGUCUCUCUUUUUUCUACAAGUGGUGAAGGAGUUCAACAAUGGCAAAGUCAAUGAGAUCGAAGAGGGAAAAGAGAUUGAGGACUCUCAGAAGAGAGAUAGUAGAGCCUUUCUAUGAAAAAAAAGAAGUUGCAAAGCUUGCUGCUCAAGAAGCAGCUCUAGCCGCUCCGAAGCUCCCUGUACGUCCCAUCAACAGCAACAGCCCUAAGAUGGAAAUUGCCACCACUUCGAAUGCAAGCAUGGAUGUGGAGAUGGCUGAUGGGGGAGACACAAAUAAUCGGAACUUGGGCUCUUUAAAACCUAUUGGUGGUGUAGGGAAGAAGUGGAAAAAGAAAUCGAAGAUGCAUAAAGGCAAGCAUCAUGGAAAGGGGAAGAUCAGGAGGAAGCACAAUAUAUAACCAUGAUACAGGCAAGCA